CAGGUACCACAAUAACAAGAGAAAAUCCACUAGAUUUGUCAAUUGCAAAGUCCGCCCCAGUUUCAACAACCUUCAAUUAGUUCUUGUUGAUAAUUAGAAAUGGCUACAAUGUUACGGGGUGUCCUUUUGGCCGAGAACGUCCUCCUGAAAAACGGACCAAAGAUUUUGGGGUCUGCGGGUUGGCAGCCGCAACAGCAACAGAAGCGAAACUUAAAUGUUCACGAACACAUCAGUUACACCCUUCUCAAGGACGCUGGCAUCCAAGUCCCCAAAUUCGGGGUCGCCAAGACCAAGCAAGAGGCGCGGAAAAUCGCCGAAGACUUGAAAACCAAAGACAUUGUACUUAAAGCGCAAGUUUUGGCAGGUGGCAGGGGCAAAGGUCACUUCAAGAAUGGACUCAAGGGUGGAGUCAGGAUGGUUUAUUCUCCAGAAGAGGCCGAGGACAUUGCUGGUCAAAUGCUUGGCCAAUAUUUGGUCACGAAACAAACUGGGGAGAAAGGACGCAUCUGCAACGCUGUUAUGGUCGCAGAACGAAAAUUCCCCAGGAAAGAGUUCUAUUUCGCAAUUAUGAUGGAACGCGCAUUUGGCGGUCCUGUAAUCAUAGCUUCCUCUCAAGGGGGUGUCAACAUCGAAGAAGUCGCAGCCGAGAACCCUAACGCCAUUUUAUACGAGCCAAUCGACAUUAUCAAAGGUUUGAGUAAAGAACAAGCCCAGAAAGUGGCCGUUAAUGUCGGUUUGGGCUCCCAGAAGGAGAAAACCGGGGACAUGUUACUAAAAAUGUACGAUUUGUUUUGCAAAAAGGAUGCACUCCUUAUCGAAAUCAACCCGUACGCUGAGGACGCCGGAGAAACAUAUUUCUCCCUUGAUGCUAAAUUCAGAUUUGACGACAACGCCGCUUUCAGACAGAAGGAACUGUUCGCAUUGCGCGACUGGACCCAAGAGGACGAGAAGGAAGUGGCCGCUGCCAAAUUCGACCUCAAUUACAUUGCCCUAGACGGCAAUAUUGGGUGUCUUGUGAAUGGUGCCGGUCUCGCUAUGGCUACCAUGGACAUCAUCUCGCUGCAUGGGGGCUCCCCGGCCAAUUUCCUCGACGUAGGAGGUGGCGCCACAGCCCAGGCAGUCAAAGAAGCCUUUAAGAUUAUCACAGCUGAUCCUAAAGUUCACGCAAUCCUUGUGAACAUCUUCGGAGGUAUUAUGAGGUGUGAUGUUAUCGCGGAAGGUAUCAUUGCUGCUGCGAAAGAACUCAACCUCAAAAUGCCGAUUAUCUGUCGUCUGCAAGGCACCAAUGUCGACGAUGCUAAAGUUUUAAUUGCCAGUUCAGGAUUGAAGAUUUUGCCGGUUGAUAACCUCGACGAAGCGGCUCGUCUAGCUGUUAAAUUGUCCAAUAUUGUCAGUCUAGCGCGUGAUGCGAAGCUAGAUAUCAAUUUCGAGAUUCCUUUGUAAAUUAAAUUAUCGCACUAAUAUAAAUUUUGCUUGGAUCAUCUGACUUUUUAGGGUGAUUUUGUUUUUCAUGCACAUAUUCAUGAGACAUGAAACAGUGGUGUGUAUAUUGUUGUAAUUAAUAUUUAUUUAUAUAUGUUAAGAAUAAAUUAUUCCACAAAAA